AUGUUAAUUGUGCAUUUAUUAGGGGUGAAUCGAUAUUUUACUCUUUGUUCAACUGAGUAUUUAGCGCUUGGUGGGGGAAAUCAUUUUGCAUUGUAUCUCGAUAGUGACUUAUUGAAUGGGUCAAGUUUGGCCUCAGAAACUUAUGGUAACUCUUGUUUGUCACACACCCAAGAAUUUGAAGUGAAGGAAAUUGAGCUGUGGGGGUUUGUAUAUGCUUCAGAGUAUGAAGAGGCGAUAUCAAUGUUGAGGACAGAAGCACCUGGGAUAUGCCGAUGGUAGAUUGACGAUUAUGCCCUUCAUCUUGUAUAUAUUUUAACAUGGGUGUUCCAUUUCCAUUGCUAUGUUUGUUGAAACUUGGUUUGUUGGGUUUCAACGUAGAUAACUUUUUGGAUUUAUGAUAUACGUAUAAAAGAUUGAUAAAGCGAGGGGUUUGUGUUAACAAGUUAACGGAAAUAUAUUUUCUGA